CAGACGUCAUAUUUUUGGCUGUCUGCAGGCGCAGGCUCUGUCUUGACCUGGUUACCGAUAUCAUAUUUAUUUGUGGUAUGUCUGAGUAACAACUGUACUAACCAGCGCAUUACCUAGUUAACUGCAGUACUAUGAGUGAUUCUCGGAGGAAGAGGCACGGCCCAGGGCCCAAAUCUCGGUCAGAUAACGGUGAAAGUUCGUACCGGAGUCUUGCGAAUGGUGGCAAUUCCCAGCGAGGAAAGGGCUCUCAUUCCAGUUCACACUAUCAAAGGAUGAACAGCUUUGACAGAGUGCGUAAAAUAGUCCAAGAAGAAGGUCGAACUGCUCGCAACUUAGUGCAGUACAAUCUACCACUGGAAACACAUCAUGAGCGAACAGGUCGACCUACAACUCGCCAGAUUCGCAAACCCGGGACCCGCCGUGAGCGCCCAGCCUCACUGUCCUCAUUCCCAGGACUAAGUGGUAAAAUAUCUCCACUUGACCCAAGCAUGGCAAAAUCUCCUAAGUCAGAUUUAGGUGGCAAACGAGUUGAUCUCCGAGCCAGAUACUGGAAGUUCCUGUUUGACAAUCUCCAGAGGGCAGUGGAUGCAAUAUACGACACCUGUGAACACGAUGAGAGUGUGUUGGAAUGCAAGGAAGUGAUUAUGAUGCUGGAACAGAGUACCAAAGACUUUAAGUCGUUGAUUGAACGCAUGAAUCUGCUGAAAGCUUACGAAGAUGCAGCUCGAGGUGGAGACAGACCAACCUCUAUAGCAUGGGAAGUGAGGAAAAUGUCGCCUGGCAAAAAUACGGGGGGUCAUGGGUCAUCAGUUCAAGGUCGGUGCUCUCCAAGUCCAGCACAGAGGUCACUGAACUUCUCCAGUCCCCCACAGGGCCAAGGAUUUAAUUCCAGUAAAAAUGAAAAUUCAAAACCAGUGUCUACUGGCAAUAGUUGGGCAGACAAGGUGAGAGGGGUGCCAGCUAGGCCUGCUGCCCCUACAAACAUUUCUCAAUAUAAGCAUGUUCCCACCAGGCGAAGAGAACCAUCAUUAACAGAAGACUCGGUCUCACCAGCAGAUGAAGACAGUGAUGGAUGGGAGACUGUGCAGCGGGGAGGCAAGUUGAAGUCACGACAAUCCCCAUCCCAGAAAUCCCUUGAAAAUCUCGCCUCCAAAUCAAAAGACAAGAAGAAACUGCAGAGAUCAAAAUCAGUCCCUGAUUCCACCAAAAAUGUUUCAAAAGAAAAGUCUCCAGCAACUGACAAUGGAGCCAAUAGGACAUCUUCUGAUUCCUACUUGGAUAACAGCAACCCACGGCGUGAGCGAGCCGGCAGCAAGGACAGUGAGAAGGAGAACAUCCCACAGAUGAAUCCCAAUGUCCUUCAGCAGCAGACUCUCAUGCAGGAGCGGCGUUUGGAACUGGAACGUCAUGAGAAUGCUCAGCGUAUGAUUGAUAAGUUCGUUGACACGCUCUCCAAGGCUCCUGAUGACAGCUUCAGCUCCGAUGAUGAGCGAGAGAGGGAUGAAGUCGAGGCUCUUGCAGAGCAACUGGACAAUGCCUUGGCUUCUGCGCUUGACGAGGACGACACUCAGUCGAGUCAACUGGAGCGGGAGCAGAACCGAGCCAUUGAGUCCGCCAUCAAGGAGGAGGAGUCCUACCUUCAGGCUCUGGCCAAGGAGGAGAGCACGGAGAUUGAGGUGGAGACAGAAACAGAGAGUGACCUAGGGAAUACAACAUGUUCGUUUGAUAACUCAGCCCAGAACCUGGACUGGGAUGCUAUGGUAGCUGCAUAUGAUGAGCAAGAAUCAUCUGGGAGGAAGUCGUGGGGGGAGAUGGCUGAGGAGGCAGAUGCUAGGACACCAGGACAUGGGGCGCACAUGCAUGAAAAACUCUCAUCACCGUCACGGAAGAGGUCCCCGACUGAGUCCCGGCGCCGCCAUGAGGAGAAGCAGGCCAAGGCCCAGGAGCUGAGGGAGAAGCUGAUGCAGGAGAAGGCCGACAGACUGAGGGAUUUGUCAAAGAAGGUUGAGGAGGUGAGAGCAUGGAAAGAGGAACUGAUGCGACAACGACGGGUAACGAUUACACGCAAACUACAGAGAGCCGAGGUGAAGCGGCAGAGUCAGCUGAAGAUCAAGGCCAAGAAAGCUCAUGAAGAGGAAGCGAAGGCAAAUGAGAUAGCUUUCAUCAACACGCUUGAAGCCCAGAACAAGAGACAUGACAUCAUGUCGAAGCAUCAGGAGUCAGAAGCUCGGUUGCAGGAUCUUAUUGAGGAGCGUCAGAGGAAGGUCGAGGAGAAGCAGGCCAAGGAGGCAGCUGUGGAGGAGCGUCGCCGGGCGCUGGAGGCGGAGAGGAAAGCCCGGUUGCUGGAUAUGCAGGAAAGACGGAAACAGCGGGAUGCUCGCAUAGAGCAGCAGCAGCUUGUCCGUGAGAAGGAGAGGCUGGAGGCUGUCAGGGCGAAGGAGAAAGACCGAGAGGAACGCCUUGCAGCCCUGAACGCACAGCAGCAGCAACACAUACAGGAGCUACAGAAGAAAAUACAGCAGAAACAAGAUGAGAGCUCCCAGCGACAUGAGGAGAUCCUCAAGCAGAUCCGAGAGAAGGCAUUUGUGAUGAGUGUGCUGAGACAUUCCACUGAGGACCACAAUGAUGCUCCACAACUUACACCCUAUGACAGGCAGAAACUCUGCAGCAUCUGUAACUAUCUGAUCCCGUCGGAGGUGUACCUGCUGAGUCAUCUGAGAGGCAAGAAGCAUCAGCAGGCUCUUCAUGACAACAACUCUGGAAUUGCGAUGUCAAAACAGGAAAUUGAAACUUUCAACCUGAAGCACAUCGUGGAUGCUCCCGACAACAGCAACCACCCCAAGAUUGUGACGGAGAAGGAGAGGCAGAAGUCCCUGAGGAAGCGAUGCAAGAAGCUUCGGCAGAGGAUGACGUCACGCGGUCUGGAAUAUGAAGGGACACUGGCCAACAAACAACAGACAGCUGAUUCUGAACAUAAAGCUAAGUUGCAGAAGGUGAUAAAGGACUUGAACAAGUACCUGAUGACGCAGGACCGCGGCCCCUGGCCCACCAGUAGAGUCUCCGCUACAGACCGAGCUGUCGGGGAACUCACUCGCAUCCUGGAGAGGAAGUCUGUCUUGGAUCAAGUGAGUUACCGGGUGCUGGGAGGGCUGACCACGCUGAGCCGUCUCCUCCAGACCAUCGAUGACUCUACAGUCUCUCUCCCUCCAGUCAUACCCCAGAAAUCUCUGUGUCAGACCUGCGACGCUUACCGCCUGGCAUGUAAGGGAUGUUUUGAGAAUUGUCACUACAUGUUGUUCAGCAACAAGCUGGGAGUCCUUGCGGAUCAUCUGAUACAUCAGCUCUCCCUGCUGCUACCUGAAGAUUGCCCCACUCCUAGUGGUACAGUGGAGCAGAAGCUCCCCUACGACCCGCUAGCAGCCAGCCUGAUGCAGGUAGUGGCCAGUGUGCUGUCCUGCCUGGCCAAGAACAACCCUACCCUCCACUCUAGUGAGGCCUCCUUGGAGAGGAUGAGCAGCAGCGGCGACGCCUUCGCCAACAGGGGUAACGACAUCAUCAGCUACAUCAUCAGUGUUGGAGUGAUUGACAAGCUUCAGCACUACUUCAGCAACGUGCGCGGGCCUAUUGAUGGAGACAAGAAUGCUGCUGACUUCCUUCAGCACAGCCUGGGCCUGCUGGUGGCUAUGACCAAGUUCAUGUCCAAAAGAAAUUCCAGUCUGUUUGAGAAGAAGAAGGGAGAGGAUAUGUCUCAGCUCAUCAGCACAUUUGAGGUGACCGAGUUGGUUGGAAUCGUAUCGUUGCUGUAUGGCAUGCUGCUUCAUUCUGGUGCUCCAAGUCGUGGUGACACGCCUCCUCCAGAGCUGCCACAGCACACACUCCUGGUCACCCUCACUGGACUCCGAAUGCUCAAUCAUAUGGCUGCCUUAGACCUGGACAUGCUGCAAAAAACCCUUGGGGAAGAAGGUAUGUCCCUUGAGUUCCGUCACAUCGCGAGCUAUCUCAUCUGGUACUGUUCCCAUCACACCCAGUCCGAGGAGCUGAUGCACGAAGUCAUCCUGUGUGUGGGCUACUUUACUGUGCUGAACACAGACAACCAGAUGUUUGUCCAGUCCGGCCAGCCUCCGACAGUGUUGCAGCAGUUGUGCGCACUGCCGUUCCAGUACUUCAGUGACCCGCGCCUGACCAAUGUCUUGUUCCCUACCCUCAUUUCCUGCUGCUUCAACAGCCAAUCAAACCGACACAUCCUGGAACAGGAGCUGAGCUGUGCCCUGCUCGCCAACUUCAUAGAGGAGAAACAACUGGAAGCCCAGCAGGCUAAGCUCAUGCCCUCUACCACGAAGAAAGCCAGAUCCCAAGACAAAGAAUACCGCGACACAGAGUCUAGGAUGACACUUGCCAGCCGGUUCCCUCCAGAACAGUGGACAGUUGCCCAGGAGUACUUCAAGGUGGAGUAGGAGGUGAUGCCCUAGAUGCUGGCACCAUGACACUGUAGAUGUCAGGUCUAUUGGUGCUGAUGGCCAUCUGCUGAUAUGACUUGCUGUGCACUGUAGACUGAUUUACUAUAUGCUGUGGUAUGACUUGAUGUCAGGAACGCAUUACUCGUAUACACAGCACUGACAUCCAUGUCUUUGUCGCUUUCCUCUGACAUUGAUUACAGUGUUUCAGCUCUCACUGACUCUAGCCCAAGGCCCGGCUGUAAGACAAACGAUGGUGUAUUGAGAGUGAUGACAGGUCUUCAAGUAUAGGUGUGGCAUAGCUAUACAGUGUCAUAUGUGCAUCUUUGAUAGCAAAGACUAAAUUCUGUGGUUCUUGGUUGUCAUUAAUUCUCAAAAGAAAAAUCUUAUGGAUUCCUGUCACAUGCUGAACAAAACAUUGUAGCUGGGAAAUUGCUUUUAGAAAGUUUUGAUCUAGAUGUUCACAAUCACAAAACUUGUAAUCUUUUUGUAGACUUGAAAAGUAGUGAGGUUGUUAUGAAUUGAUGUUGGAUUAGCCAAGACAACGGUCAUCUUAUAAAUGUGUAUAGGUCAGGAGAACACAUAAGGCAAAGUUGAGUAAUUGAAUUCCACCUGUUUUUGUUUGGCCAUGUAUGUCAAGAUGCUACCCAAUCUUCACUGCAAAGCAUUGAUGUUGUUUCAAGUAAGAUGUUACCACAUGUUUCAUAAAGCACAAGUCAAAGAGAUCUAUUGAUGAAUUCUGUACAGUAUAGAUUAAUGAGCAAUAUCAUUAUAACUAGCUACCAAAGAGUUGUUGAUGAUCUGUAUGAAUGCAUUUGUGAUUUACUUCCAGUACGGGGGAAAAACAACAACUUUGGGAAGGCAUUACCUUUUUCCUGAAACUUUUGUUAUUGUACUUUUCAUUGCAGACUUUGUCCACUCAGAAGUCAUUAUAUCAAGUUGAUUAUAUCAAGUCUUGUUUUAUAUUACAAGUGUUUAUAUGCACACCCAGUUAAAAACUGUUGGUUAAUCAUGACACAUGGUAUCAUUUAACCACUGUGAGUUAUUAUUGUACUUAAGGCCACUGGCCCUUAUACCUAUCUGGUACUUGCCUGUUUAUGAUACAUUUGAUUUAAUGUAACAAGGUAUUCAUUAACAGUGACUUUUCCAAAGGGAGUCAAACUUUACUGCUUAUGACAUAAAUACCAUAAGUUUGAUUAUUUUAGUUGUGUCAUUCCUCCUUUGAUGAAAGCAAUGACACAAACACAUGUUUAUUUGCAAAAGAUAAAUAAUGCUCUGGUAAAUAUUUAAUUUAAUAUUUAUAUUUCAAAAUUCAUGUUGAAAUAAAUCAAUAAAAAUAGGUGCUCAUUGUUUAAUCUUCUUUUUAUACUGUGGACAUAUUCCAGUUGAUUUUCAUGGACAUUAAUUUCAAUUCAUUAAAUAAGGUUUUUAUUGAUGACUGAUGUUUCUGAGGGUAGUUUGUGUUAAUAACAGUGGGAGUAAUAAUGAGGCUUGAAGAGAAGUGUGUUGAAAUGGUCCUUUCUCAGGCAAUCACUUCUGACAAAUUGGUGCAGUUGCAUGGACAAUUCUAUUUUAUUGGUGUGAAGACUACUGUGAUAUAACAUUAAAAAUGCUAUCUGCAGCAUAAAACACCAUUCACACUUUGAUUUUUAUGAAGAAGAGUUCUACCCAAGGCCAAAUCUUCAUUUGUUAUCUUGAAUGAGGGUAUUUUUCUGCUGCAUUGGUGCCUGAGAACCCAGAAUAUAUUUUUAACAGCAGUAUUCGUGUACACUUUUAUACUGAUAUUGUUUUGUUAAGUAUACCCUGUUGUUCAACAUGAGCUGUUUAACCAAGGUGCUAACUCACAUCUUGAAUGAUUGACCCUUCUGAUAUUCUGCAAAGUUGCUGAUAUCCUUGAAAUUGAAAUCCUAAUUCUUCAACAAACAACCAUAUCAAUAGAGAGGACAAUGACAAAAUACAUGUAUAUAUCUCGAACAGCAUCUAUGCCAAAACAGCAUCUAUGCCAAAAGUGAGGGGCAGAAUCCUUCAUAUGUUGUGGAAGCUACUAUUCACCUGGAAAGAAUUUAAGCACCAACCAUCUUUGUUUUCAUAUAUCCUGAACGUCCAUGUAACUUUUGGAAAUAAAAACAUAUGACAUUUUUCUAAAUUUUAUAUGUGUAAGAUACUACCGACACCUGCUGAAGAGUUGGUACAAGAAGACUGUAACUGAGUCAUAUCACAUGAUGCAAAGAGUGAGUGAGUUGUAUAAUGUCCCUUUGAACAUUAUUACAGUUCUAUCACAGCAUCAUGACAAAGAAGCAGGGGACUCAAUUGAAAAGGUAGUCAAAUAACCAUCGCCAUAUGAAUAAGGUCAUUAGAUAAUCAAUUUUGGUUUCUGUAUGUUCAUAUGAGUAUGUCACUUCAAUGUCGGAGAAUAACCAAUCUCGAUCAUGUGCCGAAACAGAUCCCAGUGGGCAUAUUAAAGGCAAAAUAGCAGUGAAAAUUAUGUGAAUGGAUCAGAAACAAAAACAAAUGUGUCAAAAUAUGGGUUCCGGUAUUUUGUAUGGAAAUAUAUAGUACGAGGUGCUACACUUUUUUCCGUGUGUAUAAUUGUCCUGCAGGUAAAUUUUGUAAUGAAUACCUGCCUCUGCAGGAGCUACAUCUGCAUUGUUCUGUUAGUCAACAAGCAUGUACCAUGCUAUUUCUUGGUCUUCCUUGUCUGAAGUCUGUGAUCUAUGUGUUGAGUCUUCUAAACUACAGUUAAUCUCAGUGUUUGCUAAAUGUUUCUGAUCAGAUGUUUUUGCUGUAAUGAUCUGAACUAUUUUCCUACCCUUUUAUGUGUGUCUGUUUCUGUUAGUAGUGUGAUGUGAUUAUCAGUGGUUUGCAUUUGAUCUGUUUGAUAAGUGGAUGUAGAAACUAAUGCAAAAAGGCAUAUCAAUAGAACUAGGCCCAAAACAAACUGUACAUUUUUUUCUAAAAUGAUUUCAUUAGAAUUGCAUGUCCACAGUACAGACACAUUGUAUUGAUGGAAAUACAUGUUGCUUGUUGUUUGUAGUUCUAUAGUACAGAAUUCCUUUUGUUAUGGUAUUUAUCAAGAACAAUAGGAGUAAAUCGAUCUCUGUGCUUGCACAUGUCUACCAUUUUAUUUAUAGCUGCAUUCAGUACAUAUAAUUAUUUAACCCUGCCUUUGUUGCAAAGAUGGCCUUGAUCUUAUUGUCAGUAUUAGCCAUCAUUUGAAUACCAAUAAUGUAUAUCUGUACAUACUGAAGGUAAGAAUAUCUAGCAGUGAAUACUUACAUAAUAUAUUUGAUGGUUUGCUUUUUGUAUUCCUGUGGCGAUACCUGUUUACUAUGCAUCUUUGUAUACUUGCUUCACAUUCCUUUAGUAAUUGUUUAAUUGUAUUUGACAAAUUGUUGUCAUUUUACAUGAAUAUGGUUGAAUAACCAGGUUAACCUUGAUCCUGCAAUUUGACUGGUGUGUCCUCUGUUCUUAUCAAUGUAAGUGAUGCUUGUGUUGACUGGCCAUAAGUAGUUAUGUAUGUGUGCACCUGUGUUGUGAACCCACCCAUUCUGUUGUGUGUUAGUAGUGCAAGGUCCAGUGUCCCUGUAUAAGAGUGAGCAAUGCAUAGUUACAUGUCCUUGGUAUUAGUUUUGUUCCACAUUCACCUUCUUGUUUACCAACGUCUUAAUAUGUACUGAUUGAUUGGUUAAUCAAAACAUAAUACUUAAAUUUGGUUUGAGCACAUAUGGCUCAGCUUCCUCACAGUUUGCCUUUUGAUUGAUGAUUCUGAGGUCCACGUCAUCUGUAUUGUGGAUGUUGUGCCUCAUCAUUGGAGAGUGCAGUUAAGGUGAAUGCUGGAAAACAAACAAUGACUGUGAUAUACAACUUUGAACAUUCACAGUGUAGGUGUGUCCUUGUUGUCUUGCUUUUUUACAGAUUGAUUGCAGCAGUAUUUGGUUUGUUGGUGUCUACUGCUUGGAUGUCCUUCUGUGCUGGACAGUACUGGACAUGGCCAUACUGUACAGUUGAUAAUAAAUUAUUACACAAUAUGA